UGAACCCCUCAUCGCCUCCUUCCUUCUUUUCGCCGCGCCGACUCAUUCUCUCCUCCGUUUCACUCUUCCGCCGCCGUGGCAGUGACACGACCUCGUGCAACUCCUCUUUUUCUCAAGAGCUUCCUCCUCCACUUGUAUCUGCAGGCUCUGUCAUUGUUUAGGUGGUCCUUACAGGGUGAGUAUUUAGUACAAUGAAGGUAAAGAAGGCUAAAAGAGAUCUGCAUACUGGGGAAAAGAAGAAGAAAAGGAACAGGGAACGAAAAGAUGAAGUUGAGAUUCAAGCUACUGUGGAGGAUGUUGAAGUGGAUAAUGAAAUACAUGUUAGUGACACAAAGAAGGAGAAGGCUUCUAUCAACAGAAAAAGGAAGAACAACGAUAAAAGUCUAGUUAGGAAACGAAAACCAAAGGGUGAAGAAGUUGAUUUGGAAGAGCAAAGCGAUGAAGUAGUAGACAAUUGUCAUUCUAGUGCUGAGGAGAUCCAAGACUUUGGUGGUGAUAGAUAUUUGAAUACUGGAGCACUUAUCACACCCUGUAGUUCGAAGAAAGAUAAGAAAAAAACAAAAAAGGAUGAUAGAAAUUCACAGGAUAAGGGAGAAGGGUACAACAAUCACAAGGAAGUUUAUACUAUUUCCUUCGUAGAUGAUGACUGCUCAAAAGGAAUGAAAAAAUGGAUCAUGGAAUACCAUCAAAGCAGACCAAGAUUGGAAGUAUUGCAGCAUCAAAUUGAUGACUUUAUAAUUGCUCAUGAAGAAAAACUGGAAGAGGAAAGAAAAGAAAAAGAAGCCAUUGCUGCAGAAGGGGGGUGGACAGUUGUUGUCCACCAUAAAGGUAGAAAGAAAACUACUGAUUCUGAAACUGGAAUUGCAGUGGGUUCGGUUGCUCAAGCAGCCGUGGAGAACAAAAUGACCAAAAAGAAACGUAAAGAAGUUGGUCUAGAUUUCUACCGAUUUCAAAAAAGAGAAGCACAGAGAAAUGAAAUCAUGACACUGCAGAGCAAAUUUGAGGAGGAUAAAAAACGUCUGCAGCAGAUGAGAGCUGCCAGAAAAUUUAGGCCUUAUUAAUCAAUGUUUUUAGCACAGUACAAGUCAAAUUAAGAAAAAGAAAGAGUUCAUUUAUCUUUCCAAUUUUGCCGAAGGUAUUUGUACAUUAAUGUAGGUAGUCGUUAUUUUAUUUCUUGUAACAUGACUUUGCAGGGUUUAAUGUAGGUAAUAGUACAUUAAGACAAU